AUGCCAAAGGCGAAGUCUGUUAGGAUGGUCCUGAAGCGAAAAAAAUGUAAAACUAAUUUUGGCGUUCUUGCCAUAUUUGGUAUUGAUAUUAAUCACAAGCACGAUCGCAUUGCCCGUAGAACGGCUCCUAGAAGCGAAAACCCGUAUGUUCGUCUUUUGGCAAAGCUUUACGGAUUCUUGGCCAGACGCACCGGGGCUAAGUUCAACGAUAUCGUCCUGAAGCGACUUCGCAUGUCCCGCCGCUUCCGUCAGCCACUUUCGCUCGCUCAGGUGGUUCGCCAUGUGAAGAAGCCCGGAAACGCAGAGAAGACCAUCGUCACCCUCUCCACCGUCACCGAUGAUGCUCGUCUCUACACUGUCCCAAAGAUCACCCUCGCCGCUCUCCACGUCACUGAAGGAGCUCGCGCCCGUAUCUUGAAGGCUGGAGGAGAAAUUAUCACCCUCGAUCAGCUCGCUCUCAAAUCACCAAAGGGAGAGAACACUGUCCUCAUCCAGGGACCAAGAAAGGCCCGUGAGGCCCAAAAGCACUUCGGACCAGCUCCAGGUGUUCCACACAGCCACACCAAGCCAUACGUGAGAUCGAAAGGAAGAAAGUUCGAGCGCGCCCGUGGUCGCAGAGCCUCCAGAGCGUACAAGAACUAA